AUGCGCAAGAACGGCACCCUCUUACAGCGGGACUUCCUGAUGAGGUUCUGGGAAGGCAUUCACCGCGACCUGCGAAAAGACGUGCGCGACCGUCUAUUGAUCCAUCACCCGGAUCAUGAUAAGAAAGUCCCAUGGGAGAUCAAGGAUAUCGACGAGGUCGUAGGGAUACUCUUGCGAAGAGGCGACCUCGAUAACGACUUACGGGACGAUCGCGACGAGGAUAGCGAUGCUGCCUUGAGCGAGGACGAGUUCUCUUUAAGCGAGGACAGUAGCGACGAUGACAGCAGCGACGACGGAAACAAGAAGAAGAAGAAGUCCCCGAAAAAGAAGAAGAAGGUCCCGCGCGAGCCGAACAAGAAGACUCCGAGCAGUCGAGUGGCCGCACUGCAAGCAGACCUAGCAGCAGAAGCGUCUGCCAAAGUCAACAAGAAGUCUCAACGCGAGCUCGAAGACAUCCUCGAGAAGAUGUCGGCCUUACCACGAACCGAUCCCCAGUACUCAGUACUGUACUUCAAGGCGAAGAGUCGGGACGAAAACAUCCAGCAGAUAUGGCCACCGCCCAUUCGAGAUCAAGACCCAUCAACAUCUACAACGAACACCAAGAUCAAACCGGCGAGGUCCUUCCUCGCACAGACGACAGCGGGUGCAAGCAGUAGCACUCAGCGGGAACCACCUCCGCAUCAGGACCCGGCGCGUAGGCGAUGGGCCGAACGCGGUCAGACGAGCGACCAAGGCUGCUUCGGCUGUGGCACCGAAGGACAUCGGGUAGGCGAGUGCCCGGAGAUCGCUAAACUUCUGCGUGAAGGCGUGGUUGGCUACACCAACGGUAGACUAACCCACAAAAGUGGGCAGCCGAUCAGACGAAAGGGAAACGAGAAGUUGGCAGCAGCCGCCAGGCGAGAGCAUGCUGCUCUCAGUGGCGCAAACGUUCCCGAGGCUUCUAGCUCGAUACCUACCCUCAAGAGUAAUUUCAUUAGCAUAAUCCCGGACGCAUACAUCUCCGAAAACUCCGUGAACUCCGAGGAGGAGAGCGGUAGCGAGAGCGAAAGCGGUGACGACGAGAGGGGCAUUGUGGCGCUCGCCACUAUUAACGAUGAAGGGACGGACAGCGACGCGAGCGACGUAGUCGUCAUGAAUGUCGCUGAGACCGAGAAAAUCAAGAAAAAUAAGCAUUCGGCCGCGUCUACAGGCCACCGCACUCGCUCGAGUACGGGAGCACAGCUGCAUAAGCCCAGCAAGGACCCUGAGGAUUUCGAGAUGAAGGCGCGUCAGCGCGGCGGAAAGACCGCGCCGCGUAUCCCCGGCGAGGUAAGCGGACACCCACGCCCAGCCGAGAAGAAAGGACCAGCGAGGUCUCGCAAGUCCACGAGAAUAACGGCCGAGGAGCCGCAAUACGUACCGCACGUCGAGGACCUGCCCAUGAGGGACCUCGAGGACGACGAUAACUUCCUCGAGGACCCGGAGGACUCAGACCCUGCACCAGAAGUGACAGAGGAUCCUGUCACGCUCAAGGCCUUAGCCGAAAGGGUUGAGGAGGGCGCGCAGACCCAGAAAGUGGCCCAGCGGGCAGCAGAAAUACGAAAAGAGAAGGCGCGCGAGACGCGCCAUGGUGGUGGUGAGAUCGAAAAAGUUAAGUCGCGUCCGCGCGCGACACCGCUUUCGGCAACGGCCGACAGAGAAGAUGUGUUGGACAACGUGUUAGACACGUCCGUCACCAUCUCCUUCCGCCACCUCUUAGCUGUCUCCGACUGGGCACAAGGCCAACUGGCGUACCUAUGCAAGAAGCGCGCGUUCGACCAAGCCAGCAAAUCCGCACUGGAAAAGGCGGGACCGCGGGUAAUGCUCGCCCAACUUGCCGCGCGCGGCUUAGCCGCAAUGACACGCGCGUCCACCCGAGGAGAGCUCCUCGAGUUCGACAUCCAGUGCAAUAACACGGUGGUACGUGCACUGCUCGAUACCGGCUCCCAGUUGAAUCUAAUGACGGGAGAAUUAGCCGACCGCUGCAUCACGCAGCCCGUGGAUCGUCAAGCAACCGUUCAGCUAGAAGUGGCGAACGGCGACAGGGCCAACGUCACCGGCCUCAUUCACGACGUACCGCUUCGGCUUGGGCCGAAAAUCAAGACGAAGGCGAGUAUCUUCCGCGUCGAUUUUCCCGUCAAGUACCAACUGCUCCUAGGACGACCGUGGCAGCGCGACCACUUCAUCAACAUCGAGGAGCGGCUGACGGGUACGUACCUGGUGCUACGAGACGUUCACGACCGGAUCGCUUAUGACGUUCUAGUCACGCCCGUGUCUAGGGAGACCGUCUACGACCGCGACGGGAAGAUGUUAGUAGAUACGCCGAGGGCCCGCGCCCAUUUGGUACGGAUCAGAACACCUCCGCCCGCGAACGAGAUGGUGGCUGACCACCCGCUACAGGAUCCCCAUCUAUUGGCGCACCCUCUCCCAAUAGCUUACGAGCUCGAGGGCGAACCUUCAGACGAGCAGGCCGACGCUCGCUCUGUGACAACCUCGGCGACAGACGAAUUGAACGAGGGACGCGCGCCGAGUCCUGUCUCGACGGACGCACAAGAACGCGGACUUGAGGUACGCCUCGCACGACCAGCUGCGGCUGACGAGGUCGAUGCUGAGCUGCUGGACGAGGAGGAGGGGACGCGUAAGCGUUUGAGGCGUAUAAAAACAGAGCGGGGUGAGCGGUUCGACUUCAGAAACCGCAAACUCAUCGACUUACCACUUCCUCAGCUCAACUCAACUCCCUUGCACCCCUACUCCGCCCUUACUCUCGCGAUCUCACCGUCUCCCGCUUCAUUCGCCGCGCCGCAGGUCGACGCAACCCGUUCGUACUUCCCUUCCCUGAGUUCUGGGGAAGACCGCUCACUUUCGUCCGUACAGAACCUUGAUCCCGUAGUCUCGCUGGUCGACGGUCUCUUCGCCACCUCUUCCGCCCAAAGGUUCUCUUGGACACCUCCUGUUCUGUCGCGGGUCGACGCUCCUCCGCAAUCUCCCUACGCCGAGCCUAGGUCUCAGCCACCCGCCCUUCCGUUCACCUCGCCAGACGAGGAAAGUCUCAAAACUUUCGCGCCGCUGGUCAACGGUGCCCCGUCUCUGCCUGACAUCUCUCCGUCUCGUGCCAACUCCCUCUCCGACACCUCGCUAGCCGAGAUUUUCGGUACGUAUGAGCGAACAACCGCAGACGCUCGAGCUUGCCUAACCGAAUUUGGACAGCUUCUGCCCGCUCGAACCUCGCUCCCGUCUGACUUCGCUCCUACCGCCUCGCUAGCCGAGCCCUUCCGUACGUACCAGGAAUUCACUCAGCUGGAAGCCAGCCUAACGAUUCCCAGGAAUAUCUCAACACCCUUGCCACCGGUGGGCACGCUCUCCGCCUCGAUAGUACUUCCUGUACGUGAGAGAUUCGGCGUUUCGAACAACCGUACUGAGCGGUUCUUCGCGCAGCUUAAAUCGUUCAUCCUCAAGCUACCCGACUCAUCGUUCAAGACACGUUCCCCUUUGUUGGGUAAGUUGCUAUCGCAACCACCCUCGCGCUCGCAGCACUCACACGAACAAAUCCUGUCUAGUUCGUCAUCCGCGCUGAGCGUCACUUCAAACAUACUCGCCUUCCCGUCCAAUAUGUUUACCAACAAUCCUUUCGCCCAUACGCCUCUGCCCGUGUCCACGCACACGACCACGGUCCUCUCGCUGUCCGAAUGGCUUACCGGCACUCCCGCUAUCCCUCACCCUCCUGAUCCCGAGGGUAGGGAAGUCUACCGCUCAGGCGCUAACUUCGAGCCUCACCGGACGUUCGACAUGGCCCGCCGCUGCACCGAUCCGGACGCCGACCCGCCUCUCGGGCUCGACGCGGUGUACAAUAAUUCGGUGCGGGUGGUGUCCCCGCGUAGCUUCAUCAUCAGCACUCGGGAAUUAGUCGACGAACACUCGGGCGAAACGAAGGCCAUCCUCGAAGCGGUGCUCAUCAACCCGCAGAUCGUGCUCGAUACGGAUACCUCCGACCUGCACACCUCGGCCGCGUGGGCCGGCUUUUCUGCCCAGCUGGGCGACUUCAAGGAACCGGAUACGCUGCGCUCGGACCUCCGCGUGCGCGGGAUCCUCUUCGUCCAGUUCGCGGUCCCGUGGCAGCUCGCGCGCGAGUACCCUCUCUUCGGUAAAGAACGACGCCCGAUGGGUCGCGAGCUUCUCGCCCCGCUUCCGCCCGAGAUCCCCGAGUGGCUUCCUCGCCUCGUCACCACUAUUCCCGGGCUGGAGGCUACGCCUUUCGUCCGCGACUUCUGGAACGUCGUCGCUCGGUCUCAAGGCUGCCUGGCCAACGACCCCGCCGCCGCCAUCAAGCUCAUUUUCAACCAAAGCCGGCACAUCUUCUCCGCCGACCCCGCUUGCAACUUCAACGGCCUGCAGGCCCUCGACAUCGUCCUUACCCAAGGUAACUUGGAGGUUACGCUGGACGACCACGCGGUCGACCUCGACGUUGAUGGCGCAGUCGGGCGGUUGAUGUACACGACGGCGCUGGAGAUGGCUAUCGAGCACAGUUUAGAGAGCUGUGAUCCGUUCUCCAGUACGCCUAGGAUCGUGAUCCCCCACGGGCUGGCGCAGAACUUGCGACAAGGUGAGGCGAUGGCCUACCCGCGAAUAGACCCUCCGACUUACAGCCGACGUCUAGCGCCGACCUUCGCCGCCAUGAAGUAUUAUCCCGACCGGCUCUCGCACAGUCGCGCCACCUUUUGGAAGGCCGCGCCGCCCUUCAGAGCGACGACGUACUCGGAAAGGCAAGCCGCAGCUUCUGAUCCCCGCCCAUUGUUCCCACACUUACUCCCCCCGUACAGCACUGAGCGGAUCACGCGCGAUCCUAUGCGGGUGUACCAGGAGAUUUCGCGUCUCAACCGGGAACGCGGUGGCGAUACGACCACGUACCGUGCGGACCAGCUCGAGAUACCGUUCAUCGACGGAGACUGGUCGGCCUUGCAGCCUGCGAGCACUCCCUCCUCGUCAUGGGAGGAUGCGCCACUCACGCUCGCCAGUCGCUACGGACCGUUCUCGCUCGACCCUGUCCCGCUGGAGGUGGAGGGCUGGCUUAAGGAGCACGACAUUCGCCCCGAGGAUGCGUCUCUGCGCCAGGUCCUCUAUGUGAUCGCGGCGAAGUUGGUCACCAAUUUCAAGAUCGCCACCUUCGAGCGGUUGGUGAACGACCUCGGUCGCUCGGACGGUAUCCUCGCUUUCGUCCUGCGCGCCCACCACGCUCACGAGCAUCACGCCGCCACCCACCCCGAGCAGCUCAAGGAGGAGCUGUACCGUGAGAUCAACGGCCUCAUCACCUGCGUGAUGUUCCGCGCCGGCGUCCUCCUUAUCCAGGAACCGAAGCGCCUCACCUACCGUAUCCUCGACACGGCCGAGCGGGUGCUCCCGGAGUUCGCGGCCGAUCUGUGGGGGUUCGUAGAGCACGCCAAUCAAUGCGCGCCAUCCGUCCUGAAGGGAGGAUCGUCGGGCAAGCUCACUCGGUCGCCCAACGAAAGCGUCUUCGCCGACGACGUGAACUUCUGGAUGCUCGACGUAGCACCUGCUGUCCCCGUCGCGCCCGUCGACCCGACCGCCCCGUCCACUCCCACGACUCGGGACUUCCCGAUGACGUUCGAGCCCAACGAUCUCAUGGACACCCCAUAUACGCCGGUCGCGCCAGCACGGUAUCCGGACGACACACCUGCAAGCAGCAGCGCUUCGGACUUCGCCUUGCUCCAGUCGCCUACGAAAGAAGGAGAGAAGGAGGAGAAGGAUCGGCCGGAAGUGGAGGAAGGAGAUGUGGUCGAGGACGAAGAAUUCGGGACGUUCGCGGGACAGGAUCUCCCCGGCGCCAUCGGCAUGUCCUUUCUGGAAGAAGAGGAUCAGUGGCAAGCCCUUUCGGUACGUUGGGGUUUAGAAGGCGCCUUCUUUCGGCUCGCUGACAAGGCACACCGCCGCUCGUUACAGAAGCAGCCCGUCGCACCCGUGCAGGUGCAACACAUGCUGGCACCACCGCCCGAUUGCGAGCCGCAGUCGCCGAGCGCGCCGCCGUACGAGGGAUAUAGCACAAGCACGUCUCUGGAAGCUGCAGCCACUGCAGUAAACCCGCCGCCGCUUGAUCCACCGCGAAUCGAGGCGCCUCCGUCGUUUCCUGCCUUCCCUCCCGCCUCGGAGGGAACACAUUCCUUUCGGGAGCAGGAUUGGCCCUUUCGAGACGCCAACUCCUUUCGCGACGACCGCGCGGACCAUUCUGGAACGGUAUCAGUCGACACGGGCUAUGCCGCCACCGUAUCCCCCACCGUAUCGCAGGCGGGAGCAUGGGCCGUUGGCAGUGUACCUGCUGCGCCGCCUUCAGGAUCGCCCACCGACUCCACCACCGAACCCAGUGGCGACGGCGAGCGCGUCCAGCACCCGGACCAACUACUCGAUCCAGGCUCCACCUCCGUACACGACUCGUACGAUACGACGAGUGCCCCGGCUGUGGCAGAGCCGCUUCAACCCGGUACCGACGACUACCUCGUCGAGUACGAGCAGCAGCUCAGGUCCCAGCUCUCCAAUACGCUCGCCCCGACACCCCAGCCGCUCUCCGCGUCCGCCUCCUCAAUGCCCCAGCUCGCGAACGGGCACCUCGAACAUACGGGUGUACGUCGUGAACCGAUACGGCGUCCCGACACACCCGCGCCGUUCGCAGAGCCCCGUGCUCGCCGCGUCGUACCCGCCAUGGUCCCCAUUCUGGACGAUAAUAACCUUAUUGGCGGCGCUCUGGGUCUCCGUGGUCUGCCUGAUGGUGUGCGGUAUGCGCUGGCGGGAGCUGACCAAUGGCGGGUCACCUCCAUCGAGCUCCUCGUAGAGCUUCGGGAUAUCCUCGCGCGUGUUCAGACGCGCGGCUACUCCGAAGUAGAGCUCUAUGCGUACGGAUUCCUCUCGCGUCUACGUCACAGCGUCACCUCUUCGCCCACUCCCGCCGACGACCUCCGCGUGAUACAGAAGGAUCUGGACGAGCUCACGGGAGGAGGCGAGGGUUUCUUCGACUUCCUGAACGAGCUGUACGCGAGGGUGCAGCACCUCGAUCGUGGCAUAAUGGACAGCGAGCUCCCGGUGUCCGAGCCGAGUACGCCCAAGUUCAACGACUACCGCCUGGACACACGGCCCAUGGGGUUGGUUCUGGAGCCGCCUCCUGGCAUCCCUCGCUCAAGGUCUACAACGCCGUCGAGCAUGCCCUCGCUCGAGUCGGUGUCAGACACGUCGUCGUCGGCCCUCUCCAGCCCGCUGCAUACUCCAUCGGAUUCGGACGCCUCGUUCGAUGCGCCUCCGCCACCACCGCCGAACACGGUAUCGGACUACGGCAAGGAUCGCCCGCUCAACCCAAAGGCUGCGGAGUUCAUUCCUCAAGCCCCAGUACAGGUGUUCUCGGUGCGCGUACCUCCUCCGCGCGACGCGGAGAUUAUCAACAUCUCGAGCGACACGGACGAGGAUAAUCGGUAUGUCCGCACUCGCUAUUCCUUUCGGGGCGACGCUCAAAGCUUACCAAGCCCGACCCACGCACAGCCCAACUUCGCGACGGGGCCCUACACCCCCGAAGUCCUACAGGCUGUCGGCGCAGUCCUCGCCCAGCUCGUCGCCCAGGCCAGCAGUCCGGUCGUCGACGCCACCUCGCAUUCCGACCCCGACCGAGCCGCUAUCGAGAGCCGAGAUGGAGGCGUUCAAGCCGCUGUGGGAUCAGCUGCAUCCCGCCGUUCAGAUACGGUUCCCGUUUAUGAUGAAGCUCGCAGCACGCGAAGCGGCCAGGAAGGACGAAGCCAGGCCACCUCCCGCCGCGCCAUCCGGGACUCAUCCGUCGGAGCCUACGACCUCGACGAUCCCAUGGAAAGUGAUCGUGAAGCGCGAGAAGAGGAGGAGGAAUCGGCGAGCACGGAAAGCUCGAGAGAGGGGUACGUACGGCCAAUCAAGAAGCCGCGCAUCCACUUACUCCCACCUAGCGAGUCGCGACGCCGCACUCUCCGCCCCACCCGUGGCCGCCCACAUACGCCAGGCCGAGUACCGCCCCGACUUCAUAACUCGCUUGUCAAGCACCGACGGGCCGGCUGGUCUCCCGUCUCAUCGCGAGGCUCGAGCCCUAGUUCUUCGGCGAGCGAUAAAUCCUCCGCCCGCUCCCGCAGAGCCUGGCCGCCGUUUCUUCAAGCAACUUCGCCAGCCCAGCGAUUUCCGGCCGUACCGGGCGUCACCAUUGAGGACAGCUUCAUCGCCUUCGACCGAGAACACCCCGCCUUCGUCUUUCGAGCAGGAGAACCGGUCUCGCUCACGUUUCCCGCUCUCCCGAAUCGGGGCCACGCGGCGUUUCGAGCACGCCUCAAUGUCGAAGCCGGGCGAGUCCACGUACCCGCCGAAUUCCUAUCCUGGGUCGACGCCAACGUCCCGGACAGUGGAGCCUCGAGUAUUGUACACAUCCACGCCGUCCUCAUCCGCCAACUCGCGCUCUACAUCGUACAAGCCGCCGUACGAUACUUCUCCGCCGAGGUCGACUCCGCAACCCUCCCAAGCGACGCCGACCGCCGGGACUUCGAAGACGCCCUACUACGCUCUCCCUUUGGCGUACGCAGCCCCGCCCGCCUCGACACUCCCGCCGCCCGAAAUGUCUACCUCCGCCGAUCCGAAAUACGGUUCCUCGAAGCCCUCGCCGUCUACCUCAUGGGCUCGGGAAGGCAAAGCUAUGCCGCCGCCAUCAUCUCCAUCCUCGUAUUCGAUGCGCCCGGUUCUUGGGCCAUCAAACCUCUCCUCGCCGGCUUCCUCCUCGACGACUUGGACUUCCCGGGCCGCCUCCACUCCUACGAAGCACAACUCCACCGACUCGCAAAUGUCAUGGAGUUUGCCACCUCGCAGUAG